GCAGCGGCGCUUGAGCGCUGUUUCUGAACGGAACAAAAACACUGAAACUAAACACGUUGUGCUUCGGUUUACUCUUGGGUCACUCUGGUGUGCUUCUGCACUCUAAUGUGAACGUCUGCCGUCGAUUUGCAAUGUCUGUAGUAACAGUUCAGCUCGGUCAGUGCGGUAAUCAGGUGGGUCAGGAACUCUUUGACAUCGUAUGUGGUGAUGCUCAGGAGGGCCAAAGGAAAACAUACAGCACAGCCAGCUGUGAGCGCUUCUUCCACCAAACUACGCAGGGAGACCUUGAGGCCAGAGCGGUGCUAAUAGACAUGGAGCCCAAAGUGAUCAACCACAGCAUGACCAAGGCUGCGAGGUCUGGUAGGUGGAGAUACGGAGAAAACUCGCACUUAAGUCAAAAGCAAGGUUCGGGAAACAAUUGGGCUAAUGGGUAUUGUGUCCAUGGUCCACAUCACAAAGAUCUGGUGGAGGAACUUGUGAGGAAGGAGGUAGAACGCUGUGACAGAUUGGCAGGUCUCAUAGCCAUGAUGAGUGUUGCUGGGGGAACGGGGUCCGGGGUUGGUACAUAUAUUACAGAGUGUCUAAGAGACAUCUACCCAGCAUCGUUCAUCCUCAACCACCUCACUUGGCCGUAUGGGACCGGGGAGGUGAUUGUCCAGAACUAUAACUCAGUGUUGACGCUGGCACAUCUCUACCAGCUCUCUGAUGCCAUCAUGGUACAUGAGAACGACACAUUGCACAGGAUCUGCAGUCAGCUGCUCAAGAUCAAACAAAUCUCUUUCAGUGACAUCAACAGGGUUAUCGCUCACCAGCUGGGCAGUGUACUGCAGCCUGCACUCACCCCAGAUUCCCAUGGAAACUACAGCAGAAAUCCUCUUGGUGAACUGGUGAGUGCUCUUGCUUGCCAUCCGGAGUACAAGCUGUUGAGUGUGUGCACUAUCCCUCAGAUGCCUAGUUCCUCCAUAGCCUACAGCACAUUCAGCUGGACGGGGUUGCUCAAACACCUACGACAGAUGCUGAUCUCCAACAGCAAGAUGGAAGAAGGUAUAGACUGGCAGGUGCGUCCACCUGCAGUUUCUGGGAGGACAGGAAGCAGCUUCAACACAUCACUGGCCAACCUGCUCAUACUGAGAGGGAAAGAUGUUUACAGCGCAGAGACGGGCAGCUUUGAAGACCCAUCCAUCUAUACCCCCUGGCUUUCAUCAGAAGAAGCUUUCACCGCAUGGAAAUCUCCAGUUCCCUUUAAUAAGUAUGAGAAGUCUGCCACGCUGGUCAGUAAUAGUCAGGCUCUGCUCAGACCCUUAGAUGACAUGGUGAGAAAGGCGUGGAAUAUGUUUGCCUCCAGGGCCUACAUCCAUCAGUAUAUUAAGUUUGGCAUCUCGGAGGAGGACUUCCUGGACAGUUUUACAUCUCUCGAGCAGGUCAUCUCUAGCUAUAGUCAACUCCAGUGCUAGCACGACCAUGGACUAAUGGACUGAAUAUAGACACGUCCUGAGAGAUAGAAACAACUUCUACACACCAAUAUCACCAUGAGGACAUGUGCUAGUUAAAGACAAAAAGCUUAAGCCAUUUCAUUAUCAUCAUUUCAUUUGCCUACAUAUAUCUCUCUAAUAUCGCCAAUUUCAUGGAACAUUUUUGACAGCAAAGAGAUAAAUGUCUAUUAAAUGGUUUUAAAGUCCAGUUAAUAAAACAUGUUUAGAUUAUGAUGUCAAACAUUUAUGUGUUUGACACAAACUAUCACCACAAAAACAAACCCCCAGCAUUUUACUCAAGCUGCGAAACGCUAAAAGACACUAAAAGCAGCAGAAUAUUUACCCAGAGGAAGAAACCAAACUGGUGCUGCCUAAUCUUCAUUGCACUCUCCUCCACAUAUUUAACUAAUAAUGUUUUGUUUUCUUUAUGUUUUAGUCGCUUUCAUAAAUAGGUAUUAAAAAAAAAAUAUUUUAGACAUCACUUUAGCCUUGUUUAUUCACAGUAUCAAUAAACUAAACUGAAAGUGUUAAAUUACAUGAAACUUGCCCGUCUAUAAAUGACAGAUGUUGCUAGGGAUGGGCAUAUCGAUACUCUGGAGUGGAUACUUUGAUAUCAGCCAGUCAAAAUAUGGAUUUAAUACCUUUUUUAAUAUAGAAAUACCACUCUGCUGAUACAAAACAUGCCAUUUGUUUUCACUUCUGAUAAUUUUAGGCAAUAAAAUUGCCUGCAUAGCCCAACCACUGUCUAUUCCUUCU